AUGAAAGCUAAGCAGGAAGGGCAAAUCCAAGGCCUUCUUUUGAACAGACAUUCUCCUAUCAUAACUAAUGCUGUAUUUGCAGAUGAUACUCUUCUUUUUGGGAGGGCUAGCCGUCAUGAGGCUUCAAAACUUAAAGAGAUCAUAUCUAGUUACACAGAAGCUACUGGACAAAGGGUAAACUUCCUAAAAUCAAGCAUUUAUUUCAGCAAGAAAACUCCUGUGGUUUUAAGGCAACUUAAUAGCUUGGUUUUUAAUUUUUGGUGGGGAAGAAAGGAUAAGGAGAAAAAGUUACAAUUGAUAAGUUGGAAGGAUGCUACGAACAGAAAAGAUAAAGGAGGCAUGGGGUUUAAGGACUUCAAGCUCUUUAAUCUGGCUUCAAGCCCCUUCCUCCAAAAAGCAAAGCUCUUGGGUUUGGAAAAGCCUUCUGAAAGGAAGAAAUAUGUUGAAGGCAGGCAUCAACACAAUGUAGGCGAUGGAAGGGAUACUCUCAUUUGGUAUGAUCCUUGGGUCCCUCAUGUGCAGGAUUUCAAAGUCCAACGGCCCUCUCAUUGUCCUUUAGAUAUUAAUCAUGGCUUUGAUUUAAUUGAUCAUGACAAUCUGCAAUGGAAGAAUGAAUUAGUGGUUCAUUAUUUGAAGAAGAGGUUUGGAGCAUACUCAGUUCGAUCAGGCUAUCGCUUUUUACUAGACAAGGCCAAUCAAUCUAUUAUUCAUAGCCCCAGCAACUCACUUUCCAUUCCACAGCAUAUUUGGAAGAAGUUAUGGAAUCUCCCUCUGCAGCCUAAGAUAAAAGUUUUUGUGUGGAAAGCUUUGCUAAAUGCUUUGCCAGUGAAAGGAAAUUUGGCUCACAGAGGUAUCCCUAUUAAUUCCACUUGUCCUAUAUGCAAUGAAGAAACUAAAUCUAUAGAGCAUAUAAUGUUUUGGUGUAGUCAUGCAAGGGCCACGUGGUUUUCUAGCUGUUGUAACUAUAAGCCAGAUGCAAUUGGUUUUAAUUCUUUCACUCAAUGGUGGAUUGCUAUCACUCAAGCCUUUAGUAUUGAUGAUGAUUCUCUAUGUCUCAUAGCUAUUGUUUGUUGGAUAAUUCGGAAGCAGAGAAAUAUGGCAGUUUUUUAG